AUAAAAUAAAAAGAUACAUCACACAUUACCGGUCAUUUGCAUUUGCGAGUAGUUUCAGUGGAAGAAUUCUUUUCCAGCGAAGAGUUCAGAUCCAGAGAAGAAGAAAUUCCACUGAGAUAAACCACUUUCUUCAACUGUGAUCUUUCUCAUUCAUAAUAGUGCAGAGGAAGAAGAAAACACCUUUUGUCUUGGGGACUUGUUGCUUCAUAUAACCGUUUUGCUCAAUUUGCCACGCAUUUGUUUGAGAAAGAAGCAGAGUUUGAGGGUGAGGAGUAUUAGGCAUGUUUAGGUUAUCUCCCAGGAGGAGUCAAAGAUCUAAGAACGGCUUCAAGGUGAAGCAUGCUCUACAAAUAUGUGUUCUUGUUGGUGUUUGUGUUUGGUUAGUUUAUCAAAUUGGACAUUCACGCGAGCAAAAAGCGUCCUAUGGAGCGAGUACAAAAACUGGCAAUGAAGUUGUUAAGUUAGGGAGGAAGGACCUUAAACCUCGCGUGGAGGAAACUUCUGUUAUAGAUGCAAGACACAAGGAAGACGAGGAGGAAGCAGAUGAACUGGACAAUAAGCAUGACGAGCAAACAAAAUUGGACGAUGUUAAUGGUGUGGAAGAUAAUUCUGAGCAUAAAGAGGAUUCGGUAGAGCAAGAGAGUGAAGAGAGUUCUCAAAAUGCUAAGACUGACUUGGAAGGUGAACAGCAUACAGAGAAAGUUGAUGAAGAGAAUGACAAUGCAGAGAACAAGGAGAAUGAAAGUGUAGAGAAAGAGAAUGAGGAAAUCAAAAAGGAAGUAGAGGACACAGAAACUGGAGAAAGUAUUGAGGAAAAGAGUCACUUAGAAAAUGAAGAGAGCAAAGAAACUGGAGAAAUUAGUGAGGAAAAGAGUCAUUUAGAAAAUGAAGAAAGCAAAGAAACUGGAGAAAGUAGUGAGGAAAAGAGUCAUUUAGAAAAUGAAGAGAGCAAAGAAACUGGAGAAAGUAGUGAGGAAAAGAGUCAUCUAGAGAAUGAAGAGAACAAAGAUGAAGAAAAGAGUAAGCAAGAAAAUGAAGAGAUUAAAGAUGGAGAAAAGAUUCAGCAAGAGAAUGAAGAGAACAAAGAUGAAGAAAAGAGUCAGCAAGAGAAUGAAGAGAACAAAGAUGAAGAAAAGAGUCAGCAAGAGAAUGAAUUGAAGAAAAAUGAAGGGGGAGAGAAAGAAACUGGAGAAAUUACCGAGGAAAAGAGUAAGCAAGAGAAUGAAGAAACAAGUGAAACAAAUAGUAAAGAUAAAGAGAAUGAAGAAAGCAACCAGAACGGAAGCGAUGCGAAGGAACAAGUGGGAGAAAAUCACGAGCAAGAUAGUAAACAAGGGACAGAGGAGACCAAUGGAACAGAAGGAGGAGAGAAAGAAGAGCAUGAUAAGAUUAAGGAAGAUACUUCAUCUGAUAAUCAGGUUCAAGAUGGUGAAAAGAACAAUGAGGCGAGGGAGGAAAAUUAUUCCGGAGAUAACGCCUCCAGUGCUGUAGUGGAUAACAAGUCACAAGAAAGUUCUAACAAGACAGAAGAACAAUUUGACAAAAAGGAAAAGAAUGAGUUUGAGUUGGAGUCUCAGAAAAAUAGUAAUGAAACUACUGAAUCCACUGAUUCUACCAUUACACAAAACAGCCAAGGAAAUGAGAGUGAGAAGGAUCAGGCACAGACAGAGAAUGAUACACCGAAGGGUUCUGCGUCGGAGUCAGAUGAACAGAAGCAAGAGCAAGAGCAGAAUAACACCACCAAGGAUGAUGUACAAACUACGGAUACAUCAUCGCAGAAUGGGAAUGACACAACUGAAAAACAGAAUGAAACAUCUGAAGAUGCAAACUCCAAGAAAGAGGACUCUAGCGCGCUAAAUACAACGCCAAACAAUGAAGAUUCUAAAUCAGGUGUUGCUGGAGAUCAGGCUGAUUCCACCACUACUACAUCUUCCUCAGAAACUCAAGAUGGCAAUACAAAUCAUGGUGAAUACAAGGACACCACUAAUGAAAACCCGGAAAAGAAUUCUGGUCAAGAAGGAACACAAGAAAGCGGUUCAUCAUCCAACACAUUUGACAACAAAGAUGCUGCUAGCAACAAGGUUCAACUAACUACUACCUCUGAUACCUCAUCGGAACAAAAGAAAGAUGAAUCCUCGAGUGCAGAAAGUAAAUCCGAAUCUUCACAGAAUGACAACGCAAACUCGGGUCAAAGCAACACAACCAGUGAUGAAAGUGCUAAUGACAACAAAGAUUCUAGCCAGGUCACUACUUCAUCUGAAAACAGUGCAGAGGGAAACUCAAACACAGAAAACAACAGUGACGAAAACCAGAAUGACUCAAAGAACAAUGAAAAUACCAAUGACAGCGGAAACACUUCUAAUGAUGCCAAUGUGAAUGAGAAUCAGAACGAGAACGCUGCUCAGACCAAGACUAGUGAAAAUGAAGGUGAUGCUCAAAAUGAAUCAGUGGAGUCGAAAAAGGAGAACAAUGAAUCUGCUCACAAAGAUGUAGAUAACAAUUCCAACUCGAAUGAUCAAGGAAGUUCUGAUACAUCAGUCACUCAGGAUGAUAAAGAAUCUCGCGUAGAUUUGGGAACUUUGCCAGAAAGCAAUGGAGAAAGCCAUCACAAUGAUGUUUCUUCUGCAGAAUGAUAAUUCAAACGAAUCAGUUGUAUCCUGCUGCUGCUUCUGAUCCUACUUUUAUUUUUGUUUAUUUUUUGUUGAGCCAUGUAUUGUUCUCUACUUAGCAAAUAUGCUUAUCAUGUUUUUGUAUCACAGGGUCAAAACUAAGAAUUUAGAAAGAUAGAGUUGUAUUAGUAUAAAAUCAUUUGUUUCAUAUGUAACCUGCAGCCUUUCCUGGAAAAAUAAUGACCACUUAAAAUUGUCACUAAAGCGUAUUUCUUCACUUUAA